AUGACGGAACUAGAAGACAAAGCCCUGCUGACAUCACCAAUCGCACCAAUAUGCUGGUAUAGAGAAGCAGACGACACCUUUGUAGUUCUCAAACCAAACGACAACCCUGAACACCUCCUCAACCACCUGAAUUCCCAACAUCCCCGUAUGCAGUUCACAAUGGAAGAAGAAUCUGACAACAAGCUCCCUUUCCUCGACGUCCUAGUAAAGAAAGAAGACAACAAGCUCUCCACUACUGUCUACAGGAAACCCACCCAUACCGACCAAUACCGUCACUUUACCUCCAACCACGCUCUAGAGGUUAAGAAAGGCAUCAUAUCCACUCUCACCCGAAGAGCCAAAAACAUCUGCUCGACAACAGAAGCCCUAGAAACCGAACUAAACCACCUCCGCCAUGUCUUCGUCCCUUAUAACCAGUACCCCCAGAAGUUAGUCAACAAUGUCAUCACAAUCACCCUCAAACCAAGAGAUAAACCACCCCGCCGGCAAUCAGCACCCUUUGUAAUAAGUAUCCCAUAUGUCCCAGCAGUCAGCCACCAGAUAAGACGACUCCUUCAGCAGCAAGCAGGCAUAGACGUCCUGUUUCAGAAAGGCAAGUCCAUCCAGAACCUCCUCCAAGCCACAGGUAAAAUAUGGCCACCUCUUGGCCCGCCAGUCGCUCUUGCAUACCAUGGCCUGACAUUGAAUAGGUUCCCGAGUCAGACGACCCCCUUCCCCACUCCCAAAUUACAUAUCAGGGGCCGCAUCUCGCCCCGGAUCUCCUCUAACCCCUUUCUACACAAAUACAAGAAACUGAGCUACCAGUAG